AUGUCAUCUAAUCUCACCGCCUCCAACCUCUUCAACCUUUCCGGCAAGAUCGCGGUCGUGACUGGCGGCGCAACCGGCCUCGGUCUCAUGAUGUCUGAAGCCUUCGCUGCGAACGGAGCAACAGUCUAUAUCCUCGGCCGCCGUCUGGAAGCUCUCCAAAAGACCGCGGAUGUUCACAGCCCCUCUCUCGAGUCCAGGGGCGGGAAGUUAAUCCCGUUGCAGUGUGACGUCACUUCGAAGGACUCGUUGAAGGAGGCGACGAAGAAGAUUGAGGAGCAAAGUGGGAAAGUGAACAUCCUCGUUGUUAACUCUGGCGUUCCAGGACCGAGGUCGACUUCAAAUCUCAAAGAUCCCAGUAACGCGCAGGAGGUGUACGAAUGCCUCUUCAAUGACGAAGUUGAGGAGUGGGAUCAAGUCCUCCGCACCAACGUCGCUGGAGCAUACUUCACUACGGUUGCAUUCAUCCCGCUUCUCGCCAAGGGCAACGGUGCCGGUGGAUACGACAGCCAAGUCAUCACCAUCGCCUCCAUCGGAGGACUCUCGAAACAAAUCGCAUCCGGUUUCUCCUACUCCGCCUCUAAAGCUGCCGCUGUCCAUCUCGGGCGCAAUUUCUCCAACUUCCUCAUCCCCCUUAAAAUCCGCUCGAACAUCAUCUGCCCCGGUCUCUUCCCAUCCGAAAUGACUACCCCAUCCUCCGGCGACAACAACAAGUCGUCAGGCUCGGACCUCCCCAAGGAGCGGGUUGCAACCAUUCCAGUCGGAAGGGCGGGUACCGAAGAGGACAUGGCACAAACGGCGUUGUUCUUGGCGUGCUGUGGCUUCACUAACGGGAGCAUCGUGACGGUUGAUGGAGGGAGUUUGAGUAACAAGCCUUCUGCGUUUUAG